GUAGGAAAUAUUAGACUUCAAUUCCCGCGAUUUGAUUCCUUACUGCAAAUACAGAAAUUGAAGAGCCAUUAAUGCUAGGACUCGAGCGCUGACUGUGCAGUCAGAUAAAGUGCAUAGUAGGACUGCAUGAGGACAAGCACUACACUGGUAACUGUUUGAUUCAUUCUCACUUCAGGGGAGCACACUGCUCUUGCGAACUAACACAAUUUCAAGAGUGAUCGAAUUUGAUUAUUUCACUUUCCAGGAAGCGAGAUUUCUUCUGAAGACAAACAGUGCGAGAGACCAAGAUGAGUCUGAGUAAGGUGUUAGAGACCAUCAGUGACAACCAUCUUGAGUUUAUUCGUAUGGAGGUCUCAGAUGUCUACGGCAUCGCUCGAUCACGGACUGUACCGGCCCGCCAUUUUGAAAACACAUGCAAGUCGGGUCUCUUCAUGCCGUUGGCCACCUAUUGUUUCAAUGGCGCAGGAGCUGACGCAGAUAAAUAUGACUGCGGGUUGUGUUGGGAGGUAGGAUAUGGGGAUGUGAAGCUGCAUCCAGACCUAGAGACAUUUCAAGUCAUACCAUGGUGCGAGAAUACCGGGCGAGUGCUGAUGAAUGCAGAACUCGGCGGUAAACCCAUGAUGGUGUGCCCUCGAGGAAUCGCAAACAUUCAGCUGCAGAAGUUGGAGGAGAUGGGUUAUUCUCUUUUUUCGGCUCACGAAUAUGAGUUCUAUGUGGUGGAUGCCAAGACACGUGAGCCACUACUGAAGGAUGGGAAUCUGCUGUCAACCCUGCGGACAUACACCGACACCAAGCUACUUCAUCAGCUGAUGAGAGACCUGCCAAAGGUUGGAGUCGACAUUGAAAGUGCAGAAGGUGAGGGUGGUGUCGGCCAGAUGGAAAUCACAUACCGUCCAGCGUUCGGACUACGCUCCGCCGAUAACGCACACACAUACAAGUUAUCGGUGAAAGAGAUUGCUAGACAGCACGGCUACAUGGCGUCCUUCAUGUCAAAACCGUGGCCAAACAGGAGUGGUAGUUCCUCUCACUUCUGUCACUCUCUCUGGGAUGCCAAGACCAAAGAACCUCUCGUUUAUGGCAAGGACAGUCCAUGUGGGAUGUCUGAAGUCGCUCAGCACUGGGUUGCGGGACUACUAGAACACGCACCAGCUCUUACAAUCCUUGCCUCACCAACUGUCAACUGUCUGAGCCGUCUUAAACCAAACACGUUCGCUCCUGUCAACUCGACCUGGGGCAUUGACAACCGUACAACCGCCAUGCGAAUCAAAAUAAAUGGACAGAAAGGCACCUUCAUUGAGAAUCGUAUCGGUGCCAGCGGGAGCAACCCUUAUCUCCUCUUAGCUGGUACCGUAAUAGCGGGAAUGGACGGGAUCAAAAGAAAGCUUCCUCUUCCUCAGGAAUCCACAGGAAACUCGUACGAGGCGAAUGGUGUUCAUCCCUGCGGUCAAGAUCUCCCGAAUACUAUGGAGAGAGCAGUAGAGGCGCUCAAGGCAGACAAGGUGAUGGUCGAAGCUCUAGGACCUGACUUCAUCAAGUGUUUCUUGGCAAUGAAGAAAAAAGAACUUGUAGAAUCACGACAAGCUGUUACUAACAAGGAUGGUGAAUGGGAAAGGAAGAUGUUCUUUGAAUAUCUGUGAAAGUGCACCAUUUAACUAGAACUUUCACAAGCAUCGGGUCAGAUAAUGUAGGUUUAGGACACUUAUUUCAAAUCAAAGUUGAAUGUGCAGAUCUUUAUUCUCUCAAGCGAUACAAUGAUCAUAGUCACACAGUGCUAUUGAACGUUAGGGGUAUGGUAAGAAUUAUGUUUAAACCAGAUGGUCCAUCUACCUGAUUUUAAACCAACUUGAUAAUCGGUUGUAAUUUUUUCAGAACGUUUUACAUCGUGUAGGACAUUAUGUCAAACUGUUUUUGUAAUUUUCUAUUCAAGACCUCGAUUUUUGUUUGUUAUUUUCCCAAGAUUUCUACUGUAUUACUUUGUGAUCAAAGUGGGUCAAUCUCUGGAACUUGAACUUACAUCGUAGUUGUCUCUGCGUUAGUUGGUAUGCUUUUUGUAGUCAAAGCUCUAAAUAUAGAAAUGAAAUUUAUAUAAAUGGAACUAGGCGGAUCAAGAAAAAGAGAUAUAUUGUUAUUAUAAUUAUAGGCUGUCAUUCCCAACAUUAUACAUUCCAUGAUUAAGGCUUUGAUGUCAAAUGCACCAUAUUACCUCAAAGUUACGAUAUUUUAAAAAUACAACUUUUGCCGAUAAUCACUAAUUAAAAAAAAGUACCCGCGUGCAACCAGGGCUGUGUGCAACAAGUCGCCCCACCCCUCACUCCGCUUACAUACCCACACACCCACACACGCACGUACACAGCAAACACGCACGCUCAUUGUAUGGACAGCAACACGUGAUUUUAAAAUGAAACCAGUGACCUGCAUUAGUUGCGAUUGUUUCAAAUCAAUCGCAACUUGAAAUGAAUCGCAAAUGUGUACUUGAGAGAUGGGAUUUGCGCUAAACUUCAAGUUGCGUUUGAUUUGAUUCAGUCGGCUCUGGUAGAGCCAGAUUGUGACAGACCAUAUUCUGGAAAUUUAUAUGACAUUCAACAGGGAAAAUUCUGAGUUACCAUCGAUUUGUUUAAUUUGUUUGUGUACGUAUGGUGUAAGAGUACGAGGACAUUUUAUUAGAUAUAUGU